CGUAUGCUGUAUGCUUCUAAUGGUUGUCGUAUUCUUACAUUAUCGAGAGAAAAAGGAAGAUCGAUACGAACGACAACAACAAUCUCAUCGAUUCCAUUUCGAUGCCAUGUAGAUUUUUUUGUGAAUUUUAAGAUCAUAUCUUCUUGAAGACGAGAUCGUUUUUUACGGGUUCCCAUCAUUUGUCUCUUUUUUUGCAUAUUUGACCUUUUGAAGCUUCAUCCUGUGUUUAGAUUUCCCAUUUCGAGCUGUGAUUGCACGUCGGAGUAUUUUUAGAGAUCAGCUUUAAAUCCGAGUUUUCCUUGUUUGAAAAUAGAAACAUUAUUUGAAAACAACUGUAAUAUUUAUUCCACGUGACCCCUUACCCUCCAUCACUCUCUUUAUAAACUGAACAGAGACUUUUUCGUUUUUUUGACGAACUAUUAAAAUAAAACUUUUUGAAUUUUUUCCUAAUGAAGUCAAAUCCAAAAUAUUUUCUAAUGAAUGACGUGGAGCGGCAGAGCAAAUAUUCGCCGAAAUAUGUUCCAAACAACAGUCUGAAAGAGCGAAUUCUGGAGUUUUUGGAUUAUUACAUUGCGCCAUUGAAACUGUAUCUUCUGUCUUACCCGAUGCCGGAUUGCCUUUGGGACAAUCGAAAAUUGAGAUUGAAGGCCAGUGGUGUGCAAGUGACUCCGAGCUCCGAACCAGUUCAUAUCGAUGAUCGUCUAAUUCACAUUUCACAGAAACAACCGUCCGAAUGAUUUUUCGAUUUUUAUUUAAUAAAGUUUUAGAAAUU